UCUUUUGUGGGCUACUCUGAUUUAAAAGCAGACUACUGGCUUUAUCAGAGCACAGAAAGAAGUGACCUAACACUACAAACAAAAUGCAGCUUUUAGCCUCAGCUCUUUUUCUAACAACACUACUGCAGUGCUCUACUGCCCAAAAUGAAACAAGCAUUACACCUGCAGACUGUGAUACCAUUGAAACAGAUGCAGGAGUGGCCCUGGAUUUGGUCAACAGACAUCGCAGAGAUGGCUAUGUUUUUGGUUUAUUCCGUGUUGUUGAUGCCUAUGAGCAACAUAUAGAACAUUCAUCAGUCCUUUACUUAACUUUGGAUGUGCUGGAAACUGAAUGUUCAGUAUUAUCUGGAAAACAUUGGGAGACUUGUGAAUACAGCGAUGCAUCUUCUCUGGUCUUUGGGCAAUGUAAGAUUAUCACAUAUAGAAGCCAGCAGCUGAAAAAAACCCCAAAACUCUAUGGAUUUAAUUGUACAGUAAGUCCAGUUCCUCCGGAUUUAUUCGAGUGCGAAGACUGUGCUGUAAAAUAUGAAAUCUUAGAAGUCACUGAGCAACACAAAGAUAUUGCUGCGAAGGCUUUGGAAAAAUACAAUAGUGAGGGUGACCACACAAACUACUUCAACGUGGACAAAGUUGAAAAAAUUUUAAAGGUGACUGGCUCCAAGGCAGGUCACGUUUUAGGAUUCUCCAUAAAAGAGACCAACUGUUCCAGAUCUGCACAACAUACAGAUAGGCAACUGGAAUGUGAUUUUCUAGAUGACUCGCACGCUGAAGUGGGAUUCUGCAAGGCAACAAUCAGUAUUCCAGAAGAAGCUAAUGGAACUGACAUAACCUGUGAACUCUACCAUCCCUGGUGGAACUACAGACAAAAAUGCAGAUAUCCACCUCUGGGUUGGCCACACAGGCAUCGCCAUCCCCACCAUCCUGGUGGUCACAGACAUCAUCACAGGCAUGGCUGUCCACCUCCUCCUAGCUUCAUACCUGAAGACUCUGAGCAUCACCACAAUUUCAGCGAAGAACAUCAAGGCAGCCACGAAGGACCUCCUCCUCUCCCACCCCACGGUGGACCACAUCACCACCCUCAUCCACCACACCAUCGUUGUCCUCCUCUUCACCAAGAGGAAACACAUCACCCCUCUCCCGAUGACAGAGCGCACACUCUUCCUCCCCAAGACGAAACACAUCACCCCACUCCCCCUCUUCCCAGUGAUGAACCACAUACUCCUCCUCCUCCCCAAGAGGAAACACAUCACCCCCCUCCUCCUUCCCACCAUGGACCACAUUGUCCUUAUCCUCCUCCCCACCAUCAUGGACCACAUCACCCCCGUCAUCCUCCCCACCAUGGACCACACUGCCCUCCUCCUCCUCCUCCUCCUCCUCCUCCUCCUCCCCACCAUGAUGGACCACAUCAUCCCCCUCAUCCUCCCCACCAUGGACCACACUGCCCUCCUCCCCACCAUCAUGGACCACACCAUCCCCCUCCACCUCCCCCCCAUGGACCACACUGCCCUCCUCCUCCUCCUCCUCCUCCCCACCACGAUGGACCACAUCAUCCCCCUCAUCCUCCCCACCAUGGACCACACUGCCCUCCUCCCCACCAUCAUGGACCACACCAUCCCCCUCCACCUCCCCCCCAUGGACCACACUGCCCUCCUCCUCCUCCCCACCACGAUGGACCACAUCAUCCCCCUCAUCCUCCCCACCAUGGACCACACUGCCCUCCUCCCCACCAUCAUGGACCACACUGCCCUCCUCCUCCUCACCAUCAUGGACCACAUUACCCCCCUCCUCCUCCAGGACAUCCUCCUUAUCCCCAUCAUCACUAUCACAGACAUCACUGCAACGAGACAAGCUCAUCAGGAAAGCACUUUCCAUUCCAAACAGUAAGAGCUGUCUUUCGCAUUCCAAUUGUCAAUCAGCACAGCUCUCUCCCACAUCCCAUGGCAAACUUUCUAUCCCAAAGUGGCCAUCACUUCUCCAGCACUGGUGAGGGUACUCCUUUCACUAGCUCAAGUCUAGAGAAGAUGUUAGGAACUCUUGAUUCUCCCUAUCACCCUUCACAAUCGAAAUCAUGCCCAGGAAAACCCAAACUUGAUCUGCCCCAAAUUUUGCCUUUAUUUCCACAUAAAUCCAUGGCAGAAACUUCUCCUAAAUGACCUUGAAGGAAGGUGGUUUUGGCUUGAGGGUUGGAGGACAGAUGACAGUUGUACAAUGAAAGAAAACAGCAUGAAGUGGAGGGGAAAAAAGUGUACAAUUUCUAGGGAGUGAGAAGCACUGAAAAUAAUGAUGAUUAAGACAAGUAUUCCAACCUGCGUCCUGAUCCCAGCUAUCUCAGACUCCACUGUAACUGAAAGGAUCAAAAUUCUGAAACUCUUAACUAAUGUGAAUGGGUGCAAAUCUCACUUGCAAACAAUGCACCUCUAGUUCUAACAAAAAGGAAAAUUCCCUAAUAAUGAAAACCACCAUCUAGUAUCUUUCA